AUGGGCAAUAGACCAUGCUGCGACGACAGCGUCAAAGCUCCGGCCCCGGAGGUGGUGGCAGCGAGCACACCCAUCGAGGUUUGCGAUGGCUCCAUAUCACCUCAAGACUCUUCCGAGUAUCCGCAGAUGGGCCGGCUUGGUACAUCCUCGUCCUUUAAUGUUCAACGACAACCAGCUCCUGGCAGAAUGAGCAGGCUCAUGAAGCUGAAGCACCUGGAGAUUGACGAGGACAUCAUGCGCGGGGCUGACCUCCGCAGGACAUUGUGGCAUUGCGGGAGGGCGUGGCGGCGCCCGCCAUCGGAACUGAGUGAGAACGAGCGGGCACAACUCUGGAAGUAUUCUACGCCUGUCGAUGGGUUCGACACCUUUUUCUCUCACACAUGGUUGACGCCGGGGAAGUGGAAGGUCUUCUCCCUCAUGAUUCAGAAAGGAUGGCAACUAAUGCUGGCCUUUUGGGCAGUGGCAGUAGUGGUGAUCAUGGUACUCUGCAUGACUGAUGUUCUGCCGAUGCCCUGGACAUACCAAGCAAGGUUCCACGAGUUUGAGGAAGUGUGCCCCUUUGGGCCCUGGGUUCAAUUUGUCGGUAUUAUUGCUUUGGUUUUGGGCCUGGUUAUCUCCCCGUAUGUGCCUACCUACCAGGAAACGAUGUUUUUUGACAUGUUUAGCAUCCACCAAACGGAUGCGAGACUCAUGGAGCGGGGAGUUUACGGCUUGGGUGGAUGUCUGAGGAGGUCUCGGCAACUGCAAGUGCUCUGGAGCUCGCCCUAUUUGUCACGGCUCUGGUGUGUUUUCGAGCUAGCAGCAUACCGCCAAGCCAAUCCCGAUGGAAAGAUUUGUUGGACGCCCCUUUUUCGAGAGCGAGCUCUCCUUGCGAUAUUUGUUCUAUGCUGCUGGAUGACAGCACUUUUCUGGGCGCUUGCUGCCUUACAAGCCGGCCAGAAGUCGAUCAUGAUUGGCUAUGCCGCGUCACUCCUCCCUGUAAUUCUUGGCACGCAUGUAUUGUGUCAAACCAUUCGGGAGGGCCAGAAGCUGUUAGACGACUUGCAGUACUUCGACUUAGCGUCCGCAGGCUGUGCUUUGGAGUUUGAUCGAAGGUUCAUCUACACGGCCAUCCAGGAUUGGUACGAAAGCGAGGAGGCCUUCACCCAAUACGUCCGUGGACCGCUGCGUGAGGAACUAUUGACUUCCGUAUCGUUGCGGGACAUCCCUCUCGGCCACUACAUGAUCCUCUUGCCUGUGGGCAUGAGCCUCACCCUGGAGUUAUUGGUGGCCUUAAUGAAGGGCGGGGCGCCCAUGCCUGUCUUGGCACGCAGUGUGAUCGGCUUACUGCUCGGAUUUGAUGUGGCUUGGUCUGUGUUCUGCCUCGACGUCUUCCACUACAUGUGCUUUCGAUUCGCAACGCCGAAGUUUGCAUGCGUGAAGUACCGGAGACUUGCGGACUUUGGUCAGUCAAUACUGAUCGUGUUGCUAUCGAUUUUCUGCUGGACGUUCGGAGGUGGAAUAUCGCAAAUGGCCGUUCAUUCCGGCAUUUGGCCAACUCUUUGUUGGACAGCUUUUGCCACUUGCUGCGCCCUCGCAUCCCUGAAGGGGGUGCCUGCGGUGGCGGCAUUUUCCGGGAAGUGUGUGGGAUGGAUUCCCUGCAUCUUGGCAAAGCCGACAGAUGCAGAGGAGGUUGUGAGCAUUUAG